AUGAGUGAAGAAGAAUUGAAUGCAGUUGCUGUUCAUUCAUAUGACGAUUCAUCGAAUAGUAGUCCAUCAACAUCAACUAUGUUGAACACAACUAUUGAAAAUAUUGGUCGAACACAAAUAAAACGACCAACAUCAUUAAAUGUAUUAAAACCAACAGAACUUAUUUUACGUGAUUCAACAAAUGGUGGAUGUAAAUCAGAAGGUUCGCCGAUAAAUAGCGUGCAAAAAAGACAACAAAAAAAGAAAAAACGUCGAACAGCUAAUUCAUAUUCGGAUAUAUCAUUUAAUGAUAAAUAUAAAUUAACUGAAGAAUUACUUGGAACCGGUGCACACGGAAUUGUUAAAACGUGUCGCGAUCGAGUAACAAAACAAGAAUAUGCCGUAAAAAUAAUAAGUAAAGCUCGUCAUCCAAAUCGAACACGUGUAUUUAAAGAAAUUGAUAUAUAUUAUCAUUGUCGUGGUUGUGAAAAUAUUUUAAGCAUUAUUGAUUUUCUUGAGGAUGAUGAUUAUUUUUAUCUUGUCUUUCAAAAAAUGGAAGGCGGGCCAUUACUCAAUCAUAUAAUGAAACGUAGCCGUUUAACGGAACGUGAAGCUAGUUUAAUCGUACGUGAUAUUGCUAAUGGUCUUAAUUUUCUUCAUUCAAAGGGCAUGUGUCAUAGGGACUUAAAACCGGAAAAUAUCUUAGUUGAACGUGCUGAUUCUAUAGUACCAAUAAAAUUAUGUGAUUUUGAUUUGGGCUCAGCUAUUCGUCUUAAUAGUAAUAAAACAACACCAAUAACAACACCAGAAUUAUCAACACCUGUUGGUUCAGUUGAAUUUAUGGCACCAGAAGUUGUUGAUGCAUGGACAAGUCUUGAAGGUUCAUUACAAAUAUAUGAUAAACGUUGUGAUUUAUGGUCACUUGGUGUUAUUAUAUAUAUAAUGUUAUCGGGUUAUCCACCAUUUUAUGGUACAUGUGGACAUAUAUGUGGUUGGACAAAAGGUGAAGAAUGUGAAAAAUGUCAAAAUUUAUUAUUUGAACGUAUACAAGAUGGUGAAUUUGAUUUUCCUGAUAAAGAUUGGAAAUAUAUAUCAGAUGAAGCAAAAGAUUUAAUAAAACAUUUAUUAGUACGUGAUGCAUCAUUACGUUUAACAGCAGCUGAAGUUCUUCAACAUUCUUGGGUAAAAAAUAGUCAUGAAUUAAAUGAACAACCUUUGAAUACACCUACACUUUUACAAGGUCAUAAUAGUAUUCGUCGUUUAGAAUCUUUUACAAAAGAUGCAUUAAGUAUAACAAAAAUGAUUGAUGAACGUGAACGUAUGAUGUAUCAUCGAUCACGUAGUAUUGAUAGUAUACAUCAACGAAGUCGAAAAUCAUCAUUUAAUGAAAAUUAUCAAGAAAAUAAUCAUAAUAAUAAUAGUGAUGAUGAUUAUGAUGAUGAUGAUUAUAAUGAAUCUGAUUCAAGUGUUACACGUAUAUUAAAACGACGUAUGAAAAAGAAAAAACGACAACAAAAUAAAAUACAAUCAAAUAAUAAUAAUAAUGAUAAUCAAAAUUUUGAUAUUUUAAGACGACGAUUAUCAAGUGCCACAAUGACAUCGGGUGAUGAAGAUGAUUUUUUAGCCUGUAGUUAUAAAACAGUUAUUCAUCGUCCAACACCAGUAACAUUACCACAAGCACAGCCACAACCACCACCACCACCAUCACCACAUUUUUAUUUAGCUCCGAUAGAAAAUUCAACUCAAACACCAACACAACCAGAAAUCUUAACACUUACACCAUCACCAAUAAUUCCAGUUCCAACAAGUCCAUUAUCUGUUUUUAUGCUUCCAUCCCCAACUGUUAAUUUACCAAUACAUCAUAGAGCUCAUACAGAUACAGAUCUUGUUUUUUACAAUCAACAACCUCUUCUUUAUCCUAUUCAUUGGUAUCCAUCACCGGCAUUUUUUUAUCCUAAUCAAAAUCCUUUACCAACAAAUUUUCUAUAUGGUCCUGUACCAUCAUUUGUCAUGCAUCCCAUACAUCAACAACAAGUUCGAAGUUCAUCAGCUGAUUGUCGUCGUACGGCAAAUAACGGUAGUGAACAUCGUGUUUUAUAUCCUGAACGAGUUUGAAGUUAUGCACAAACUAAUCAAUGCACACCAACAGCAAUAGCUACAUGUGGUUCAUUUCCAUGUAUUCAAACAGGUGAUGCUUAUGCAUGUCUGUGUGCAGACAUGACAGUAAAACCAAGUGCAGCAGAAUGUACUGGUGGUACAGUUGCAACUACUCAAUCACCAAUCGUAAUUCCAAAUGAAUGUGCUAAUGCUGUUUGUCCUGCUGGUGCUACAUGUAUACCAACAAAUCAAAAUCCAUCACAAUAUAUAUGUCUUUGUUCAAAUAAUAUUAUUGCAAAUCCUGAUUGUCCAACAACUCCAUUACCGAAUAAUCCAUGUUUGAUUAAUAACCCAUGUUCAAAUGGGGCAACUUGUGUUGUCAAUCCAUUAAAUCUUCAACCAGUUUGUCUUUGUCCAUCAAAUACUUAUGGACCCAAUUGUCGUCAUGCAUGUCGUCCAACAUGUGAUUCUAGUUGGUGCUAUAAUGGUGGUCGAUGUGUUAAUACACGUGGACAUCCAUAUUGCCUCUGUGGACGACAAUAUCGUGGUCGACGAUGUGAACUUCGAUAUGACAAGUAUAAUUAUGUUUAUUUUCAUCAUCAUCAUUCACGUUGGUAA